UCAAUUAACCUUCAAAACGCUCGUAAGUACUGAUCGCAGGUCACCACCAGGUUUCUCUACUUCCUCCCAGCUUUGCUCGGCAGCUGCAGAGUGAACACAGCCAUGGUGACGUCGCCGGUGGUGAACACCUAUCCACUUUCCAGCUACACCUUCGGUACCAAAGAGCCGAAACUCGAGAAGGACACCUCCGUCGCCGAUCGUCUUGCUCGCAUGAAAGUCAACUAUAUGAAGGAAGGCAUGAGGACAAGUGUUGAAGCAAUUCUGCUGGUGCAAGAACAUAAACAUCCCCACAUUCUACUUCUGCAAAUAGGUAAUACCUUUUGCAAGCUUCCUGGGGGACGGCUGAAGCCAGGAGAAAAUGAAAUUGAAGGUUUAAAGAGGAAACUCACGAGCAAACUGGGUGCAAAUUCACCCUCUCUCCAGCCUGAUUGGCAGAUUGGUGAAUGUGUGGCUAUUUGGUGGAGACCAAACUUUGAAACUGUUAUGUAUCCUUAUUGUCCCCCUCAUAUUACGAAACCCAAGGAAUGCAAAAAGCUUUUCAUUGUUCACUUGUCUGAAAGAGAGUACUUCGCGGUUCCUAAAAAUUUGAAGCUGCUUGCAGUUCCUUUGUUUGAGCUCUAUGACAAUGUGCAGAGAUACGGACCAGUUAUAUCGACGAUUCCGCAACAGCUUUCGAGGUUUCAGUUCAACAUGAUCACCACAUGAGGUUACAAUACAAGAACACUUAAAUUUGUAGCAGGCAUGGGCUCCAAUUUGCUUGAGAUAGUUAGAACUUAGAGGACAUUAUCAACCUUGCUUGAGAUAGAAUAGCAUACUUGAUAGACUUUCUUGUUCUCGACCUUUUUGUCGAUGUGUUUGCAAGGCAAAACCCGAGUUUAUGUUGCUUCUAACAAGAGUGGGAAAAUGAAAAAUCGACUGAGUUUGUGUAUCAAUUUAACUUGAUGGAAGUUUUAGAAGUGUAAUGUAUGUCUAUGAAUCAAUUAUUAAAGUGGUGGUUAAAUUGUGGAAACUUAUAAAUUUUAGGUUCCAACUUCCAAGACAGAAUGAUAGUCUUGGCUCUUUGCUUCGCUAUUGUAAUGCUAUUUGAGUCAUUUUUUGAGGGGAUAA